GCAGUUUUUGAGCGACACUCACAGUAGUGUGUGGAGUGGCGACACUGACGCAUCGCACCCCCCGCGCUACCCUCGCUACCGUCUUGGACAAACUUGUGCGCAACUAUAAACAAUCGCAAUAGUGCCAACAUUGUUUACUAUCCGGCUAAAUUAUCGUGUUCGCUACAGUGUUGAAUAGGUUUAUCGGGUUUUAAAACGUCUUUAUUACUUCUUAAGUUUGUCACCGGCAAAUAAUGCAAAUAUUUUCGUCGUGACGACUAACUACAGUUUCUAUCUGGUGAACCAUCGUGUCUGUCGACAUUUCCCUCCUCGGCUCGAUGCAUCUCCCUUGUUCGGAUCUCGGCGGCAAAGGGAUGACGACUGACCUGUUCGCCGGGGUGUACGAAACCCUGCAGGAGUACCAUGGUGAGCUAGUGCAGACCGGGAGUCCUGCGAUCCUGUGUACAGCACUGCCGACACACUGGAGGUCUAACAAGAGUCUCCCCAUAGCCUUCAAGGUGGUAGCUCUGGACGACGUCACGGACGGCACCGUGGUCACCGUCAAGGCGGGCAACGACGAGAACUACUGUGCCGAGCUGAGGAACUGCACCGCCGUCAUGAAGAACCAAGUGGCCAAGUUCAACGACCUCAGGUUCGUCGGCAGAAGUGGCAGAGGAAAGAGUUUCUCGCUGAGUAUAGUGAUCAACACCUCCCCCUACCAAGUGGCUUCCUACUGCAAGGCGAUCAAGGUGACAGUGGAUGGUCCUCGCGAACCACGGAGUAAGUCGAAUUUCCACUACCAGCACCCUGGAGGCUUUGGGCCGUUUUCUCUGAUACCUCCCCAGUGGCUUGACGCCACAUACAUGAGCUACGCCUGGCCAGAAUACUUCAGGAGACCCCAGGACCUCUGUAAACUGCCACCUCCACCCAUCUGCCACCUGCCCAAAGGUUCCGCCACCAGCCCCACGACCGCGAUGCCUCCAGAGUUCUUCCUGCCCCCGCCCACGCUGGGUCUGUCUCCCGCCGCCUACACUCACCUGCUGCACUACCCAGGGAUGGACCUUCUGACUCCAGGGUCACCUCUGAGGAAGCCGUCCCCUCCACCGUCCACAGACACAUCCGAGGCCGAAGAUAGAGGUCCUAGUCCCGGCAGCUUGUCGGUGCGCUCUGCCUUCCAGCAAGUACGGCCCGCCAGGUCUUCGCCCGACACCACCACUGGCACGACGUCCCCCGACAUCGUCGUCACCGCGUCACCUCCCCCUCCCACCACGGACACUCCCGUCAUCUCACCCCCUGGCAAGGUCCUACCGAAGACGACGUCUCAGACGAAAGCCAGUGUGUGGAGGCCGUACUAAGACUGAAAAUCUCUAAGUUUCGUUGUUAAGUGAAGUGGAUGUUCGAUAUAAAGUGUACUUUACAUAAAUUCAGCCCAUUUUUAAAUAUAAAGAGUACCGUAUCGAAUUUGGGGGUUUACUGUGACGUGAAAAAAAUCUUUUGAUAAAUUUUGAGUGCUUAGCUUUAUAGUUGCUUGUUAAGUUUAUCCUUUUGCAUCUUUAUAAGGACAAUUGAAUCCCUUGAAUUAUAUAUAAAAAAUAUGUAUUUAAAAAUUUGAAAGUCCACAAGUACACAUUGUGAAGAACAUCCAUUUCUGCAAUUUCAUCAUGAUCUCAUAAAACUCCCCUAAAAGACAAUCAGUGCCGUGUACAGAUAUCCUCUAAGUCGUUGUUCAUAUUGUUUACAUAGUAAAAGGUUUAAAGUAUUGUAUAUAAAGAGAUAUUAUGUUAGAUUGAUAUAUUGUACAUGACUUAGACAAGAAAAUACCAUUGGUCCCAAAGUUUAUUUAUUUUUGUUUGUAUUUAACAUGUAUAUAAGAAUG